GUCUUGCACAGGUGUACGGGCUCCUCUCCUUUAGCCUUGCACAAUUGUACCAGCUCCUCCCCUUCAAUCCUGCACAGGUGUACCUGCUCCUCCCCUUCAGGCUUGCACAGGUGUACCAACUCCUCCCCUUCAGUCUUGCACAGGUGUACCGGCUCUUCCCCUUCUGUCUUGCACAGGUGUAGCGGCUCCUCCCCUUCAGUCUUACACAGGUGUACCGGCUCCUCCCCUUCAGUCUUGCACAGGUGUACCGGCUCCUCCCCUUCAGUCUUGCACAGGUGUACCAACUCCUCCCCUUCAGUCUUACACAGGUGUACCGGCUCCGCCCCUUCAGUCUUGCACAGGUGUAGCAGCUCCGCCCCUUCAGUCUUGCACAGGUGUACCGGCUCCUCCCCUUCAGUCUUGCACAGGUGUACCGGCUCCUCCCCUUCAGUCUUGCACAGGUGUAGCGGCUCCUCCCCUUUAGUCUUGCACAGGUGUAGCGGCUCCACCCCUUCAGUCUUGCACAGGUGUAGCGGCUCCACCCCUUCAGUCUUGCACAGGUGUAGCGGCUCCGCCCCUUCAGUC